AUGGAUUCGCUUACCAUCCAUAAAACAGAGACACACUAUUAUCAAUUCACUGAGGGCCCAGCUAGAAAAAGUGGCGUAUUUAAUCGCCGUGUGCAGCCUUACGUAACGAUAACUGAUGAAGAUGGUUCCAUCGCAUAUGAAGAAUUAGGUUUAGGUCUUAUGGCGGCCAUUGUUCGUCAAGACGAUACGAGAGCGCUUAAAGAAUAUCUCACCAACGCCUCAUGGCUCAUUCCAAGAGCGCCUGCUAUCCCACCUGGCCUUGAGGAAUAUAGCACAGAUAUAGAUUACUUCCACUACGCAGUCCACGGAGGAAGGCUUGGCGUGUUAAAAAUGCUUCUUGCUCAUGGCACCGGAAGCGAAGAUCCCAACCCACCUACAAAAAUCCGAUUCAAAGAACGCGAAUAUGAGUUGCUGCAUAUCGCUGCGAGAUGUGGGCAUCUCGACAUGGUUAAAUUCUUGCUCGAAAAUCAGCCGUUAUACGCCGACAUCCACGAACAAGAUUUCGAAGGCUUCUCUCCAAUAAUAUCAGCUGCGGACUGCUACCCUACCGAUUAUCUUACCCCUGGCAUCCCGGGAAAAGCCAGCGCAGCCAGAAAUGAGGCGGUGAUAAACUUGCUGCUCGAUCGUGGUGCCUCUGCUUCUGAUGUCGUCCCCCCAAUGGCAGAAGCAGAUAAGACAUCCGACACAGUUCUCACUUUGGCUGCAAAGUGGGCAGGUUCAGCAUUACUCGAGAGACUCAUCGAGAGAGGUGCCGAUGUCCAUGCGAAGGUGACAAAACUAGACUGGCAGUUAACGCUUUGGAAUUCGCCUGGUAAAACUUUCGAAGUUGAUGCACUAUUUAUUGCAUGCAGCGUGGCAAACUUCGACGCUGUCAAAACCCUGAUUGACUAUAGUGGAGUCCAUACGGAUGCUAUACACUCUCGAGAUAGUCGUGGAAGCCUUCCAAUCCACUGGGCUACUCAAAACGCCGUAGCAGACGGGAUGAGUGCGUUCUCGGCAGCGAUACAGCAAGAAAAGGUGCAGAAUAUCACCAGCAUUAUUGGACAUCUCUUGGACUUGGAUCCCACAACAGUCAACGCCCAGGACAACAUAGGAAAUACACCUCUGCAGUAUGCUACACGAGCAUUUGGUCGCCAUGAUGAGCUAUACUCUCCUGUUUUCAAACUCAUAUGCGAUAGGGGCGGGGAUUCUAGUAUACGCAACGACAAAGGCCAAACACCUCUGCAUACCUUAUUCGAGUGCGAUGGUGUUGAAUCCGAUCGUGUUAAUUCGUGGUGCGGGACGAUUGCCAAGGACGAGCCGGUGAUAGAAACAUCUUCAAUAAUCACAUUGCUUGCCCAUGGCGCAAAAGCUACAGAUGUUGAUGACGACGGAAACACGCCAUUGCAUUAUGUAGCCGAGAUUCUAGAUUACGUCAACGCUGUAUCAGUUUUACUUGAUCACGGUGCUGACCCUACUCGACGAAACUCGAAGCAAGAAACGGCCCUGCAUAGAGCUGCCCGUGGUCAUUAUCGGCCGAUGGACAGGUGGUUCAAUGCUGAGGACAGAAUUGAGGCACAAGAAGAUGUGAUGGCAAGGCUGAUCAAGGUUGGGGGUGAGGGUUUGAUGGACCAGAUAGAUGCAAAGGGGAACUGCCCACGGCAGUUGUCUGAAGAACAGCGGAAUGCGUGGCGAAAGGAUGAUGGUCCAGCAUGGAAAAGACCACCGAUUCAUCGACCGGCGGCUGAGAUUGUCGAGGCGGUCGAGAAGGAGUAA